UCGGACGAACCAGUAGACAGUGAUGCGUCGCAUUGGAUUUAUUGGAGCUGGGAAAAUGACCCAGGCAAUUGCGACAGGAAUUCUUAACUCUGUGCAAAAAGCGAAUUCGAUGAAGCUUGUUGCAUCCUGUCCUGACGAAGAUUUUCUUAAGGAACUGCCUGCUGGAUGUCGGGGUAUCCGUGACAAUUUAGAGGCGGUAUCAUCGAGCGAUCUUGUUUUUCUAGCGGUGAAGCCCUGCGUCGUGCGAAAUGUGCUUGACGAAGUGCGGCCUUGCAUUAAGCCUGGAACCCACACCGUUAUAUCCAUCGCAGCCGGCGUUACGCUCAAAAGCAUUAGUGAACGCCUUCCUAGGGGCACCCGCGUGAUUCGCGCCAUGCCCAAUAUUACAUCGUUGGCGUUGGAGGGUACUACAGUGUACUUCAGUAAUGAUGAGUCGGAAAAGGUGGAUCAGUUAAUUAGAGACACCCUUGGACUCGUGUCACCCUUUUGUGAAAGAGUUGCGAGUGAAGAGCUUCUUGAUGCAGCCACAGCUGUAGCGGGGAGUGGGCCGGCCUUCGUUCUUCUCGUGGUGGAAGCUCUCGCCGACGCAGCCGUUCGUAGUGGAUUUGCAAGAGGAAUUGCCAUACGAAUUGCCACGCAAACAGUCCUGGGGGCGGCAGCCCUAUGUCGACACACUGGACUGCAUCCUGCGUUACUACGUGAUGCAGUGACCUCCCCUGGGGGUACCACUGCAGAAGGACUAUUGGCGCUUGAAAAAUUUGCUGUUCGCGCUGCGUUCCUGGACGCGGUCCAGAAAGCUAUUAAGCGCAGUAAUGAACUGCGUUAGGAUUGCGUGCACA